AUGUCUGCAAGCACCCACACCACCAGCACCCUUUCUGGUACUCGACAGUUCCCCGGCAACUGCACGAUGGAGAUGGCUCUGAAAACCAUUGUGGAUGUCUACCACCGUUACAGCAUCCGGGAGGGUCAUGUUGACCUCCUCAGCUCCAACGACUUCAAGACACUGUUGACAGAGCAGGCACCAGACUUCCUGCAAGUUUGCAACAGGAACCGUCCCGACUACUUGAGGAAGCUCUUCCAAGAGACAGACUUAAAUAAGGACAAACAACUGACCUUCGAGGAGUUCUCCAUCGUCUUGGCCAAGCUGACCGAUGACGCCCAUCGCAUCAGCCAUGGGGAUGACCGUUGUACACCAGACAAGGAUUGA